UCUAGUUAACUCUUUGGCAGGUAGAGUUACCCGAUACCUUUGGUGUGGAAGGUAGCAGGUACUCGGUAGGAUAGUUAAGAGUGUGUACAAGUUGACCUGGACACCAUUGUCAUUAAAAAAAAAGAUAGAUGAAUUAGAAUUUCGAAUUAGUAUUUAAAUUCUACUGUAUUCACCAAGUUGAUGAUCUCACAACAUUUCAGAAUGUUCAGAUAAUUUCUAUCUGUACUUAUAGAAAGAAAAAAAGAAGAAGAUAAUUUCUCUGUGAUAUUUUGUGGUUGACUAAGCUUUAACAUUAUUAUAGUAAAAUGCUACAUUAAUUUUCCUUUUCUUUUUCUUUUUAGACAGAACUAGAGUAUCGUCUGUGUACAAUAUAUGCGAUACUUCUAACAAAUUUCAGUUCAUGUCUUCAAUAAUUUGAAGCUUUCACCCAUGCUCUGCUGCCUUUAAUUUUAAAUGAAGCAGCAUUCAUUAGCAACCAAGGCAUUACUAGUAGUUGAUAUGUGUGUGUGUGUGUGUAUAUAGGCUCUCAUACUAUGUAUAUUUCAAGUGGUCGUUAACAUAGCUUACACAUAUCCUGAUUAACAAGGAGAUACUUUGGAGUUGCUUUUGAUAUAGAAACAAAUCUUCUUUUCCGGGGGAUUUGGUCGUAGUGUAAUAGGAUUUGUCUUAGUCAAGUGGUAAUAUAACAUAGCUUAUACUUGGUGGAAGAUGUAUUCUUUUAAAUUAGGAAAUGUAAUUGUGAUCCUUUGUUUUUGAUCUCUGAUACAGGGUAAAUUUUCUUAAAGAGAUGGAUUUGUUAAUCUGGAGUCCACCUUACCUUCAAGAUGAAAACAGUUAUCCAACAAACAGCUUGGCCUUCAACUUCUAUUUCAAUCAAAAGCUCGACAUUAUAGAGGAAAAUGCCUUAAACGAGAAAUGUUGUCUGCAAGUGCUGGAGAUGCUCAUUGCAAAAGCUGAUGCAGAAAUUGCUGAACUUAAAGAUGAUAUAGUGAUGCUACAGAGCCAACUAGCCUGCACUGAUGAAAAAUGGUCGGACAUGUGCUUUGCUGCUUUAAAUAAAAAGAUUAAUCACCUCGAUAGUUUGAUAACGACCUUGAAAAAUAAAAAUGUCCAAGCUUCUGGUGUUCACUUACUAACAAAUAGAAAACCCCCAGAGAGAAUUCAUGAGAUAUUAGAGACACUGCUGAGAAAUUUCUUUUCUCCACGAGACAAGCAGCCUGCAAACUCUAGUCUUGGAAGUUCAAAGCUAGCUGCAUCAGGUCUUAUAAAAGUUGAAGCAACGGACAACCAUGAUUUAAAGGAUAAUGAAACUGUAGAAAUAAACGUGGGUGUCGCUGUCCAGGCCAAUGUUACACUCCAGACGCCAUCUGUGGUUCAAGAAAGAAAUCAUCAAGAAACAGAUGCGCAUACAAUCUCCAAAGCUUCCAGUACUAAGGCUUUUGGCCAUGCUAGUGACAAUUCCACUAUGAAGGAUUUGAACAAGUUUGAUAUUCCUAGAAAGCUGAUCAAUGCAAGCAAAAGAGAAUAUCCUUCACAUCUCAACAAUAAGCAGUUUGCAUCUGCUGUUUUAAAGAGUGUAAGCACGAAGUCUCUAAAAGACCAAGCUCAGUCUUGCGGAACAACAAAGAGGGAGAUCAACAUAUCAGAAGAUAUAGUUGAGGAAGAAUUGAUGCCACAAAGUUCUAAUGAUGAAAGGGUAAUCAUAAAUUCAUCUCUAGAAGUCGAGGAAACAAGCAGUGGAAAAGGACCGAAGCCUGCUGGAUCAAUUCUGAAGACCAGUCUAAUUGCUGUAAAACAAGAACCCAAAGAAUACAGAGAUGAACAGACACAGAAUGGAGGGAAGGCUGGUCAGACAAGAGAAAAACACACCUCAAGUCAAUUGGUAAUGGAAAAAAAGAUGGGUGCAAAAUCUUUUCUUGGAUUAAAGGGAGAAGAAAGAAGCCAGUCACUGGAAAAAGUCAAAGGUAAAGUGCAAGAGAAGCGACCCCCGAAAAGUCAAGUACUCACCAUACAUAAAUCUGACUCAAAGUUGUUCCUGAAACUAGAAGGUCAGAGGCUGAACUUCAAAUGGAACUUACCUCCAGAAAAGACUAAAGAGCCAUGUCUUGCCGAGGAACUAGGAUUCAAGACACCUUCAGGUGUAAAACUCAAGAGGCAGUGGAAAAUAGGAAGUACUCAGAAGAAUAGAGGUGAUGAGUCUGGAGACGAAACAAUCAAGGAAAAUAUGUUACUACUCGGUGGAGCCAAAGGAACUGGUGAUCUUCCAGAGAUCAGUUCAACUUCUUUGACUCAAUUGAAGAAGAGAAGGAUAACGAGUUCUAGAGGACCAGUCCUCCAAGAGAAUGAGAAUUUGAGAGAUUUUCAGAAUAGGUUGGUAAAAUCACACGAUAGAUCAAAUCAAAGUCUUCAAGUCAUUAAAGUUGAGAAUGCCGAACCUCUUGCUUCCACAGCAUUCAUUGUUCCAACACCACACACAGCAGAUCUAAAAUAUAUGACACUCAAUCAACUCAAGGCCGUGGCGAGGCAACUGAAUCUGCGCGGCGUAUAUACUCUUUGCAAAGCUGAGCUGCAAGAAGUCCUUCACUUUAAGCUGCUAGCUAAAGGUCGGUCAACAUAGAAGCGAUCUCUAAAUCCUCUUUUUGUUUGCAUAUUCUAAAAUGAAACAUAACAGAACUGUUUACAAGUUUUUUUGAGAAGAAAAGGAGCUCUCUAUGGGAAAAAGGCGAUACUAGCAAAUGAUGUUCAUAUAACCAACUGUACAGAAAUGAAGUUUUGCUUAUAUAAAGAACAGAUACAUGAGAAAGAAUAUAGAAAAAGUUGAUUCUAGGAAUCAUUAUAGCCAAGUUCUUCCAGGAAGGCUUUACUAUUUUUGUUGAUAAUUACCCUUCUUUUGGUACUGAAAUGAUCAUUACCCUGGUAAUCAAGAACCUUCCUUUGUAGAGCUAAGUUUCAUUUGUUGCUUAGUUUGCUAAUUGAGCCUGGCAUUUUGCUGCUACUUUUCUCUGUAAAUAUAUGCUCGGGCUGGUGCUGCUUCUUACUUUAUAGAACUUGGCAACUAUAUGUAGUUCUGCAGAAACAGUAUUGUAGUAAUCAAACAUUGAUUUAUAGUUA